AUGUUCGGCAGAUUUUUGCUCGCGAUCGUCAUCCUUCAGCUGGCACGGACAGCCUGCACCCAAGAAGCUGACGAUGGAAAGUGUAAAACGUGUGGCGUCACCAUUGGUCAAGACACUUGGUGCUCUGAGUGCAACGGAGCAAACUACGCCCCCGUGAACGGCCAGUGUGUAGACGUCAACGCUGAGGGGCCAAGCAAAACGCUUUGUCCGCAACAUAGCGCAGGGAAGUGCACGCAGUGCGGAGGCAACUCAUUCAUGUACAAGGACGGCUGUUAUUCCAGCGGAGAAGGCCUUCCUGGACACAGCCUGUGCUUAAGUUCCGACGGAGAUGGCGUAUGCACCGAGGCGGCCCCGGGGUACUUUGCUCCGGUGGGAGCGGCGAACACUGAACAGUCUGUGAUCGCAUGUGGCGAUACAACUGGAGUAACAAUAGCAGCUGGCGGAAACACAUACAAGGGCAUUGCUGACUGCGCAGAAUGCAGCGCCCCUGACGCAACAGCCGGCGCUGAGGCCGGCAAGGUUGCAACGUGUACCAAGUGUGGAGUCAGUAAGUAUCUCAAGGAUAACGUGUGCGUAGAUAAAGCCCAAUGUAAUUCUGGUAGCACUAAUAAGUUCGUUGCAGUUGAUGAUUCUGAGAAUGGCAACAAGUGUGUUUCUUGCAGCGAUAACCUCAAUGGUGGCGUUGCCAAUUGCGACACCUGUAGCUACGAUGAGCAAUCUAAGAAGAUCAAGUGUACAAAAUGCACCGAUAACAACUACCUGAAAACCACAAGCGAAGGCACGUCGUGCGUACAAAAAGACCAAUGCAAAGACGGCUUCUUCCCCAAGGAUGACAGCAGUGCAGGAAAUAAAUGCCUCCCUUGUAAUGACAGCACCGACGGAAUUGCCAAUUGCGCCACGUGUGCUCUGGUUAGUGGCCGAUCAGGGGCUGCCCUCGUUACAUGCUCCGCCUGCACGGAUGGAUACAAGCCUAGUGCCGACAAAACUACGUGCGAGGCGGUAAGCAACUGCAAGACCCCCGGAUGCAAGGCGUGCAGCAACGAAGGAAAGGAGAACGAGGUCUGCACAGACUGUGAUGGUAGCACAUACCUCACGCCGACAAGCCAGUGCAUAGACAGCUGCGCUAAGAUUGGAAACUACUAUGGAGCCACCGAAGGAGCAAAGAAACUCUGUAAAGAGUGCACUGCGGCUAACUGCAAGACUUGCGAUGAUCAGGGGCAGUGCCAAGCAUGCAACGACGGGUUCUAUAAAAACGGCGACGCGUGCUCUCCGUGCCACGAAAGCUGCAAGACAUGCAGCGCAGGCACUGCCAGCGACUGCACCGAGUGUCCCACCGGAAAAGCACUCAGGUACGGGGACGACGGUACUAAGGGCACGUGCGGAGAAGGCUGCACAACGGGCACAGGAGCAGGAGCAUGCAAGACGUGUGGGCUCACUAUCGAUGGCGCUAGCUACUGCUCUGAGUGCGCCACAACGACAGAAUAUCCUCAAAAUGGCGUCUGUGCACCAAAGGCUAGCCGCGCCACACCUACGUGCAACGACUCGCCUAUUCAGAAUGGUGUUUGUGGAACGUGUGCCGAUAACUACUUUAAGAUGAACGGAGGGUGCUAUGAAACAGUCAAGUAUCCCGGUAAGACGGUUUGCAUUAGUGCACCAAAUGGUGGUACGUGUCAAAAAGCUGCAGAUGGUUACAAGUUGGAUUCAGGUACCCUUACAGUUUGUUCUGAAGGGUGUAAGGAAUGUGCUAGCAGUACCGACUGUACUACGUGUCUGGACGGAUAUGUAAAGAGUGCAAGUGCGUGCACAAAGUGUGACGCUAGCUGCGAAACAUGUAAUGGAGCAGCUACAACAUGUAAGGCGUGUGCUACGGGAUACUACAAGACCGCAUCAGGAGAAGGUGCGUGCACGUCUUGUGAAAGUGAUAGCAACGGAGUCACUGGUAUUAAGGGCUGCCUAAACUGCGCCCCUCCGCCCAACAAUAAAGGUUCCGUCCUCUGCUACCUCAUAAAGGAUAGCGGUAGCACCAACAAGAGCGGGCUCUCCACUGGUGCCAUAGCGGGUAUCUCCGUCGCUGUCAUCGUUGUUGUCGGCGGCCUCAUCGGCUUCCUCUGCUGGUGGUUCCUCUGCAGGGGGAAGGCGUAG